AUGAGUGAACAGCCAGUGCCCUUAAAAAAUUUGACUGAUGUCAGUCAAAUACUCAGAAAAUGGGAAGAUGAGCAUAAUGAACCUGAGUAUGAUCCUAUUCCAAUUUUAACAAGGCUAGCUGAAAUUGUUGAAACUGAAAUGGAAGCCUACAUGAAAAUGGAUCCGGAUCCGUUUGAUGAAAGACAUCCUUCCAGAGCAGAUCCUAAUUGUAAUUUAGGGCAUGUUUUAAAAGUGAUAUUUAAAAAAGAUGCAUUUAUGAAUAAGUUGGUGAACGAUUAUCUCAGAGAUAAUUAUUGGAGUAGGCUCGGAAAUACAGACAAAGAUGACAGACAAUUAAAUAUUGCUGCCUGUCGUUUGGUUUUAGAUGUUAUGCCUGGAUUAGAAACAUCAGCAGUAUUUCAAACACCAGAUACUGACUCACUUAUUUUAAGGCUUUUUAAUUGGGCUGAAAAAGCUAUUGAACCACUUCAAAGUUAUGCUGUGGGACUUUUAUCUGCAGCUAUGGAAGUUCAAGACACUGCUGCAGCUUUCAGGGAGCAAAAUGCUCAUUUAGUACCUAUCAUGUUAAAAAGAUUGCAUAGACUACAAGAAAAAGCAGCAAUGGAAAGGCAGCAGGCUGCCAUGUCUACUUCUAGGCCGUUUGCACAUCUGAAUCAUGAAAAUACAUGUGCUAAAAAAAUUUCUAGUAAUAGGAAUAGUGGAGGAAAUUCUCCUCGUUUAACGUCACCUCCAUUAAUGAGUCCUCCUCCGACAGAUUUGCAAAUCCAUGAUAAAACACCUGUCAAAAUUAAUGGAGUUGUCACAAAGACCAAAAGAGAUUCCUUUAAUGGAGAAGGUGAUAAAAUGGAUAUCGAUUCCACACCACAAAAAAAUCACGGAAAUGCACGACAAUCUACUCCUUCAGGAAGUGUCAUAACAUCAGCUGCGAGUGAAUGUUCAAACUCAUCCUGGGCUGAAAUGGAAUCUUUUGUUAUAGCCAACGUUUCCAUACAUCCUUUAACCCUUGCUACUAGACAAAUGCUGACUUUAAGAUACUUAACACCAAUGGGAGAAUAUCAAGAGUUUUUGAGUCACAUAUUUGAACACAACGCUUUGUCGUUAAUUUUAAAAUACACUAAUAUUCGAGAAACCAAAGAAACGCGAUUAGGUUUUGAAUCGUUAAAGUAUUUGGCUGCUCUUCUUUGUCAUAAAAAAGUUUCAAUAGAAUUUAUUAACAUGGGAGGAUUAAUAAGUUUGCUGGAAGUUCCGAGACCGAGUGUUGCUGCAACUGGAGUGUCAAUCUGCUUGUAUUAUUUGUCCUAUUGUGAGGAUGCCAUGGAAAGAGUUUGCCUUUUACCCCAAUAUGUAGUUUCUGAUUUGGUCAGCUACGCAUUAUGGUUAUUGGAAAGAUCGCAUAAUUCGGGAAGAUGUCACGCGACCAUGUUUUUCGGUUUAUCUUUUCAAUUUAGAGUUAUUUUAGAAGAAUUUGACGCUCAAGAUGGUUUACGAAAAUUGUACAAUGUGAUCAGUACAUUGCCUAUAUUAUCUGUAGAAGAUGAAGUUUCAUCGGUUUUAAACGAAGAUGAAGAAUGUUCCUACAGGCAAAUUGUUCGCCAUGUUACGGUUGCAUUGAAAAGAUAUUACGAAGCUCAUUUAUAUAUAAAAGCGGAACAAUUAAGAAGGGCGCAAGAUAGAGAUUGUGGUGAAAAAAAUUUUCGUACAACAUUACCUUCGUACAAAGCGUGCCGAGGUUCUCCGGAAGAAGUUCAAGCUCAAAUUGAAACCCUUUUAGAAUUAAUGCCUUUUAAUGCACCCUGGCCUUGCGUUGACGAACUUUUGCGUUUGGGUGGAAUAACAUUACUUCUUCAAAUAAUUGCUUUUACUUACGACUGGAAUUUCAGCGGGAGGGCUGAAACCGUGCAUAGCGCUUUAAACGUUCUUGCUAUUUGCGCCGUUCGCCCAAAAGUUCAAUUAGUUUUCUGUGAUCGUUUAGAACUCCCUGAUGAAGCUAUGACAAUUGGAAUGAAUAUAAUAUUAGGAGCUAGCGAAGGAGAAAUCGUGGCCGAUCCUGACGUUCAAAAAGCCGCUUUACAAGUUAUUAUCAAUUGCGUUUGUGCACCGAUACAUAGGGUGGGAGUGUGUUUGGGAAGAUAUUCGGCUAAUGGUUCGGCUAUAAAGAAAAAAACUUGUCGUUCAAGCGAAGAACUUAUACAGAAAAUGUGGGAGAGUGUUAGAGAAAAUAAUGGGAUUAUUGUUUUACUUAUGCUAAUGAUGAUCAAAACUCCCAUCACAGAUGCGGAUUCCAUUCGUGCUUUAGCUUGUAGAGCUCUUGCCGGUUUGGCUAGAUGUGAAAAAGUUAGACAAAUUGUUAGCAAACUGCCCGUUUUAAGCAAUGGAUCGAUGCAAGUUCUUCUUAGGGAUCCGAUUCUUCAAGAGAAAAGACAAGAACACGUUCAAUUUCAAAAAUAUUAUUUAGAAUUAAUUGAACACAUAACGGGAAAAAAUCAACCGACUGCAAGCGAUGAUAUUUCUCUACCCAACAUCCACAGAGCGAACGUCGUUGCUCAAACCCGCAUACAAUACAACAAAAAUCAACUUUAUCAACUGAUGUACGAGCAAUUGAUUCAAGAUGGUUUGCAAGAAGCAGCAAACGCUUUGCAAAAAGAAGCCAACAUUAGUCCUCCUCCGAAGCAACAAUUAGCGAUUCAUCAUAAAUCGAGUCCCGUGCCCAUCAGGCCUCGUAAUAAUGUGUUCACGCCGCGUGCUUUAACAUUUUGCAAUCAUGCAACACCUCCAGCUUCUAACAACACAUCAACAACAGCAACGCCUACAACUUCCAAUUCCGUCAUUUCCAGUUAUUCAGUUGUCAAUACUUCUCCACAUAUAAAAUUAAAUUUAGCUAAUUCAAGAAAAGAUAAAAUGUCUCCAAGUGUACCUUCUUCAUACGGUUUAAAUCGGUCGUUACAAAAACAAACAAGUUGGGAUUCAUCUCAACUCGCGGCUAUGGUCACGCCUACGUUACACAUGAAAACUCCUCAAACGAUUGCAAAUUCUUAUUGUCACAGCGAUAGAAUAACUUUGGAUUCAAUAGUUACUGAAUAUUUAACGAAUCAACAUGCACUCUGUAAAAAUCCAAUGGUUACUUGUCCACAGUUUAAUUUAUUUGUACCUCAUAGAUGUCCAGAUCCGAAAUCUAGAAAUUCCACUCCGAAUAAUUUUACAACGCGUUUUAUAAAACGUCAAACCGGAUAUAAAGUUAGCAAUAAAAUGGAUAAUCGAUUAGGUCACUCUAGGUUUUGUCCCGUUCGAACGUUUAGAUUAAACGACGAAGGUGGAUUUUUUACCUGUUGCGAAUUUCUACCUUGCGGAAGACUCAUUGCAAUGGGAACUUAUCAAGGAGAAGUUUGGCUUUAUAACCUUCACACGGGAGCGGAAGAGGUUUCCGAACAAUGUCACGAUUCUUAUUUGUAUAAUAUUCAAACUAAUAGAAAGGGUGAUUUAAUGUUGACAUCAUCAACUUGGAGAAGACCCUUAUCAGCACUUUGGGGAAUAAGUUCGGUGUUUGUUAUGAAGCAACCCCUUCAAGAAGAAGAAUAUGCAGAAUUCAGUAAAGUGAAUCAGGACAGGAUAGUGGGAACAAAAGCAUCGACAGCAACGAUAUACGACGUUGAAACGGGAGUGAGCAUAUUAACUCUGUCUCCGAGGCUUUCAAACACGUAUUCGAAAAAUAGAGCCACGUAUAAUCCGACGGACGAACUCAUAUUGACCGAUGGAGUUUUGUUCGAUGUUAAUUCGGGAAAAGAAAUUCACAAAUUCGACAAAUUAAAUCCGGUUUUAUCGGGUGUGUUUCAUCCGAACGGUUUAGAGAUAGUGUCAAAUACCGAAAUAUGGGAUCUGAGAACGUUUCACUUACUGCGAACGGUCGCGGCAUUGGAUCAUCAACACGUUUUGUUUUCGACACCCGAAAGUGCUCUUUACACGUAUAGUUUCGAGCAGGAAAACGAUGAGGAUACAACGUUCGAAUCGUCAUUUAAAACAUUAGAUUCUAGUGAUUAUUCAAGUAUAGCUACCAUUGAAGUGAAGAAAAACGUUUAUCACAUGGCAUGUAACAAAUGGGAUACGCAAAUUGCUGUCGUUGAAAACGUUGGAGAAUUUCACACGGUUCAAGAAUCAUCCGUCCGAUUAUACGACGUUGGAAGAAUACGAGAUACCGAAGACGAUGCCGAAGAAGAAGAGGAAGAAGAUGACAUGGACGGAAGCGAAGAAGGUUCAAAUUCUCAAAGCGGUUCCGAUAACGAUGACAAUACGGAAAAUGAUAAUAACGGAGAUAAUAACGGAGACGAGGGUAAUUUGGAAGAUCUCUUGAACGAGGGGAGGUGA